AAGACUGUACCAUGUUAAAUACUUCAUGAGUUUCCCGUUCAUGACAUGCACAGCUUGACAAAUAAUAAAAUUGCAACGCUUUUUCUUGGAGUCUCUCUGUCUUUGUGGAUGGUAGAGACAGAGAAGGACAGUGUGAGAGGGAAAGCAAAGAAAACGUGAAGGUUUUGAACAAUUUUUGUUUUUCUUCAACACAAAAGGGCAAUUUCAAGAAUUUAAAUUUUCUGUCUUCUUCAUCUUCCUUGUUUCUGAAAAACAUUUUCAAAUUUGGAAUUUCUUGAUUAAGUUCAUAGUAGUAGAGAGAAAAGAAGGACAAUAUGAGGAAAAUUGUUUAUGUUUUGAUUGUUUUACUUCAACAUCAAAAGUGGGUUUUUCACUUCUUACUCACAGAUGCAAGAGCAAUUUCCCCUUUUUCUUCACCUGUAAGCUCUCCAAUUUCUCCUGCAAUGGCUGAAUUUUCUCCAGGAUUUCAAGUGGGUGGUGAACAAAUAAAAAUGGAUACAAACAUCAGAAUGAGAGUAGCCUUCAUUGUUGCCUGUGCUUUUGUUGGUGUUGUUAUGUUAUCUUUGCUUUCUUUGUGGAUUUAUCAUAAGAAGAAUUUAGGUAAACCCAGAAAGAAGCAUGGUACAAACUCAGAUUUCGUCAGUAGGUUUUCACUAAAACAAUCAAAGGGUACCUUGAAUUCUUUGAAAAAUAGCAAAUCAAGAGGGUCUAUCUCUAAUUUGGAUUACAAGCUACUAGAGGCUGCCACCGGCAAUUUCGAUGAGGAUAAUGUCCUCGGUGUGGGUGGUUUUGGUUGUGUAUACAAGGCUAAACUCGAUGGUAAUUGUUAUGUUGCUGUGAAGAAAAUCAAUGGGGGUGGCCAAGAAGCUGAAAAAGAAUUCGAGAAUGAGAUCGAGUUGUUAAGUAAAAUUCGGCAUCAGAAUAUUAUAAAUCUUUUGGGAUGUUGCAUUCAUGGUGAUACAAGAUUCCUUGUGUAUGAAAUCAUGGAAAAUGGAUGCCUAGAAACUCAGCUGCACGGUGUUUCUCGAGGAUCAACUUUAACUUGGUAUAUCCGAAUGAAAAUCGCUCUUGAAAUUGCAAGAGGACUCGAAUAUCUUCAUGAGCACUGUAACCCUCCAGUCAUUCAUAGAGAUCUGAAAUCAUCAAAUAUUCUUCUGGACUCCGAGUACAAUGCCAAGCUUUCGGAUUUCGGUCUCGCUAUCACUGAUGGACCCCACAUCAAGAACAACCUAAAGCUCUCGGGCACCUUAGGGUAUGUGGCACCCGAGUACCUCUUAGAUGGCAAAUUGACAGAUAAAAGUGAUGUUUAUGCAUUUGGAGUGGUACUCUUGGAGCUUCUCCUCGGGAGAAAGCCUGUGGAAAAAUUAUCACCAUCUCAAUGCCAAUCCAUAGUGACAUGGGCAAUGCCUCAGUUGACAGAUAGAACAAAGCUUCCGAGCAUCGUGGAUCCUGUGAUCCGAGACACCAUGGAUCCGAAGCAUUUGUAUCAAGUCGCCGCUGUAGCCGUGUUAUGUGUGCAACCAGAACCGAGUUACCGUCCAUUGAUUACCGACGUUUUGCACUCGCUUUUUCCACUCGUCCCAGUUGAACUUGGAGGUACUCUUAGAGUUAAUUCUAGGGCUUCCACGGCGUUCGUGGAGCAGCAGACAGCUUAGAAGGUUGGAAGUCUUCUGCAUUUGCUACAAUCACAAUUUUGAAAUUCCAUUUUCAAUAUUCACAGAAUCUAUUUUCCACCAUAUUUGCUUUAUCUUCCUUGUCAUCAAGAUUUUCUCCUCUCCUCCAUCUCUUUUUCUUGUAAUUUUAAGGUUGAGUCAUUUUGAUUUUUAGAUAGAGUCUUGGUUACUUUACCAGGUUUGUAAAUUGUUACACGUAUAAAAGUUGAAUUUCUGUAUAGAAAAUCUGAAAAAUGCAGUUUAUAUUUACAUAUACUGCUGAUGUAUAGUAUUAUUUUCAGAAUUGGUGCAGUGAA